AUGACAGAUGAUGAUGAUCGACAACAACCUCAUAAAGCAGCAAAUAAAUCAAUAUCAAUGCCAACCGAAAUCAUGGAAGAGAUCCUGUUAAGACUUCCUGUCAAAUCCAUUCUCCGAUUCAGAAUAGUUUCGAAACAAUGGCACUCUUUCAUAUCCCAUCCAUCCUUCAUCAAACUCCACUUCACUCUCUCCACAUCCAAAAACCUCCACACCUCCCUAUUGAUUGCUGGUUUCGACUGGACAAGCAAACGACAGUUUCUCGGUACUGCCCCUCAUAACGGUGGACCUGUCAUGGCAUUUUGGAACGAUUAUCGUAUUUUUAUUAAUUCAAAACCCCAACAUCUCAAUGGUUUAGUCUUAUUUACUACCAACGGAUUCAUUCCCAAUACUAAUCACCCUUAUAUUUUUAAUCCUAGCACGCGUAAAUCUUACAAGCUGCCUGUCCCAAUUAGAACUGAUUAUAAGGAUGUUGAAACCUUAAAGAUUGAUGUGGAACAGCUUCCUGUUGAUAUGACUAUGGCGAUGUAUUGCAACCCUGGCUUCAUGAGUAGUAGUGUUUGUGUUAAUAGUGUAAUACAUCUGAUGUUCAAAAGUGGAUCUAAUGCAAUCUUAGCAUUUGACUUGAAAACGGAGGCGUUUUCUACAAUUAACCUUCCAUUUGACUUCAAUUCAGACGAUAAUUUGACAAAGGAAUCCCUCAUAAACAUCAAUGGCUUGUUAGGAGUUGUUUGUGUCAAUAAAAGCAAGGAAUUACAUAUCCGGAUAUUACAAGACAAUGAAAAUCGUAAUUGGGUUAGAGAAACUGUUCCUUUAUCCGAGCCAUUAUGGAAUAGUACUUUGGGUUGCCCUUACCCAUUAGGUUCUACGAAUUUGGAAGAGAUCGUGUGUUCCUGA